GUAUCAGAUUGCCGGUUUUUUCGACCUGCAGGGAUUCUCCAAGCUUCAAGACGUUUCUUACCGUUACAUCACGGAGGUUUUAAGCAAGAGGAGCGAGCAGAGCGAAACAAAAGGAAAGCAAAAAGAAGCCCCCAAGUAUAGAGAGGGAACAGAGAUAGAGAGGCUACUGCAUACUCACAAACAAUGGCCAUCAGCGCCGACAGCCCCAACCCCCCUCCGGCCGCCAGCAGCAGCGCUGGCAAGCCACCAGUCCUCAUCAUCGGCGCAGGCGUCAGCGGCCUGCUGCUCGCCCAGCAUCUCAAACGUGAAGGCGUGCCCUUCCGCGUCUUCGAGCGCGAUGGCGAUCUGGCGACCCGCGGCGCCGGCUGGGGUCUGACGUUGCACUGGUCGCUGACGGCGCUGCAGAGCCUGUUGCCGGCAGCCCUGGCUGAGCGCAUCUGCGACGAGUCCAGCGUCGACCGCUGGGCGGAUCGGCGAGGCGAGCUGUCGAGAUUUCCCUUUUUCAAUCUGGAGAGUGGAGAGCUGAAGGCGCAGACGCCGGGAGCGGUGAAGAGUGCGCGCGUGAGAGUCACACGAGAGAGGCUGAGGAGGCUAUUGGCGGAGGGGAUUGAUAUCGAGUGGGGGAAAUCUCUCCACGAAUUCACAACCAACAACAACGGCACCGUCAACGCCAUCUUCGACGACGGCGCAUCAUGCACCGGCACGCUGUUGGUGGCGUGCGAUGGGGGCCAGUCCCGUGUACGCCGCGUCUUGUUCCCGGACGAGUCCGAGCUCACGAUGCAGCUGCCUGUGCGGACGAUGGGCGUUAAGAUCUCAUUAACGGCGGAGCAGAUCGAGCCAAUCCGCAAACUGGAUCUCUUCUUCCUCCAGGGCGGAUCACCUCAGAACAAUUCGUUCAUGUACAUCAGCGUCCUUGAUAGUCCCGGAAACCAGAUCGACAGCAACCCGGAUGUCUUCCUCUGCCAAAUGCAUCUGUCGUGGCCGUACCACCCGAGCUGUGGAGCCCUGAUCGAUGUGCCGGCGACCAACGAAGAGCGGUACGAGCUGGUGGUCUCCUUCGCAAAGACUUGGGCCGAGCCUUUCCGCUCUUUCGCCCUCAACAACGUACAUCCAGAAACUCCCAUUAAGCGGCUGGAUGUGCUGGAUUGGGCGCCGCCCAUUGGACUGCGCUCAAAGGGCCAGGCAGUGCUGAUGGGCGAUGCAUUUCAUCUCAUGUCCAUGUACCGCGGUGAGGGCGCAAAUCACGCCAUUGUCGACGUCCUUGACUUUGCGACACACGUCGUUCCAAUGCUGGCGCCCUGCUCGCUACAACACGCCCAUCAGGGCGCAGCACAGGCCCAAGAUCCUGCGCAGGCUCUGCGCCAGGCGCUAGAUCGCUAUGAAGACGCCGUCGUCUCCCGUUCGCGGCCAGGGGUUCUGGCCUCGCGCAGGGCGUGUUUAGACGCGCACGCUUAUUCUAGGCUGUUUGGAGAGGGAGCUGCGGCUGGCGGCAUCAGCCCACUGCUGAGCAAGCGCGAGAUGGCGCUCCAAUUCGACGAUGAGUCAAUGGAGCUGAUGGGCCAGUAGGCAAUACGUGGACUACAAAUCCUCAGGUUCCCCUGGUUAAUGGAGCACGAUUCGUAUAGUAGUACAAAGUUCAUCAUUGGAAAAUACGGUACAGCCAAUCACCCCGCCCGCUAGUCACGGUUCUAAUCGCAACGUCUAAAUUAGCACAGAGAGCCACAAGUGAGCUGUUUACCAUCGAAUCGUGCUACGAAGUACCCGUAACAUGCGUACUUGCAUUGACCUUGGCCCCCAAACAAGGAACGCUCAGCUGGCCCGGUCAAAGGCCAAUGGGUCUCGUUCCCGGGCCUUGAUCCAAGUAUAUACACUGCACGAACUAGUCUCGGAGAAGGUAGCCAUAUAUUAAAAACCCCACUCGCUUGUCGUACCAUCCAGACAACAAACAACCGAUCACACAUAGAUUAAUUAAUCAGUCCGGGCACAGCCGCAGCAACAAGGUCUUUGUCAGAAAAAUAAUACGGACCAGGAUCUUACAUCACCUCGGGAAAAGGGCGAGAGCGAGAAAAAAAAGCAAAUAAUGUAUCCACUUCGCUAAGCUGGACAGGCGCGGAGCACCAAAG